AUGUUUGCCAAUCUGCCACAGAGGAUCAAUGUGCCGUUCAAUCUCCUCGGUGACGAGCCUAAGCUCGCGUUCCGUAGCCAGCCUGGAGGCAUCUCCAAACUCGCAGCAACUCGCAGCAUCCCGGAGACUGAUUCAUAUUGGGACCAAUACGUCAUUUUGUUCGACUCGGCCUCUGACGUAUUCUCCCUGAUAUCGCACAACGACGUACGUCGCGCGCUAUAUGAUGCGCCCGAGAACGUCGCCACCUUGAUCCGUGUCGUCACGUCUCGCCUAUUCAACCUCGUUUCCGACCAUACAUUCCCUACCCCUCCAAGUGUCUCUGUCGCCUCAUUUGCGACGUCGUUCAUCCGAACCGGCACUGGGUCGGCGCCGCGCAACACCACGAAGGAGGUCCUCAAUUGUCUGCGCGUGCUCCAGCGUGUGCUGCCGGUUGUGUUCGAGCUUGAAAGUGACACCAGUCGGUUUGAGACGGAAGUACUGUGGAAGAAGGAAGAGGUUAGGGAAGAUGUUGGUAUGGUGGAGCGGAUGGAACCUCAGUUUGUCAUCGACGAUGAGGACGAGGGGGACGACGGCGCGCCGGAGGGGCCGUCGAACCAGGCUACAACUGCCGACACGAAGGGGAAGCUCACUCUGCCGUCUUUAGCUGAGAGGCUGUUCAGCUGCCUGAUCGAUUUAUUAUUCUGCUGCGGCUUCUCACUUCCGACGAAGCUGCAGGUGGAUCACUACAAGAUCAACUAUGUUAUUUGGGAGAAAGGAGUUGGUUCCACUGUUGAUCCAGGUCCCAGCCACGCGUUCGAAAACAACAAGACCGAAGUACUGCGUCUUCUUCUCGUCCUUCUCUCGAGACAGAUCUAUGCCCCUCCUGCAUCCCUGUUCUCCUCGCCAUCCCUGUACUCUUUGCAUUUCGUGCAGCAUAUUCCCAGACGUCAUGUCCUCACCGUCCUUUGCUCCCUACUGAAUACUAUCAUGAACUCUUCACAUUCCGACCAUAACCUCAUGGGUACGGUAGCCGGGAGGCUUCCGUAUAACCACCUCGUCUUCAAGGGCGAGGAUCCGCGGGCAACCCUCGUCGCCACGUGUUUCCAGGUCCUCUGUGUACUUCUCGAUUUCCAGAGCGGGAGUGCUCGGGAUGCGGUGAGCAACGAUAGCCAGACCACGGCGCCGACUGCGAAGACAAAUACGUUCCGUUACUUCAUAGCCAAGCUGCAUCGGCCGAACGACUUCGCGUACAUCUUGAAUGGGGUCGUUUCGAUUUUUGAGGAAGAGAUGGCUUCCAUCAAUAACCUACUACCUGGAUCCAGGAAGCAUGUCCCGUACAUGGUAGAAACUAUCGUCUUCUUUUGGAAAAUGAUUGAUUUGAACAAGAAAUUCCGUGCAUACGUCCUAGACUCGGAAAAAGUCACUGAUCUCCUCGCAUAUCUGCUCUGUUAUGGUAUAGACAUCAAGGAUAAGCCACAGCAACACGGCCUGUGCCGAGCACUCUCCUACAUUAUUCAGAGCCUUUCCGCUGAACGUGCGUUUGGCGCGAAAUUGUCCUCGCCUGUCAGGGCUCAAGUGCCGCAGAAGUGGAGUAACUUGGGUACUGCGGCUGAUUUCAUGAUUCAUGCGAUAUAUUCCAUGGUGGCGACGACGUCCGGUGCUUUAACGUCUUUGUACCCCGCCCUGAUCAUCGCGCUCUCAAAUUCAGCGCCGUACUUCAAAAAUCUCAGCGUCACGUCCUCAACCCGCCUGAUCCAGCUUUUUACCGCGUUCGCACACCCAUCCUUCCUGCUGUCCGACGAGGGCCACCCCAGGCUGUUGUUCUUCAUGCUCGAGACGUUCAACGCCGUCCUUUUGCGCAACCUGUCCGAGAAUCCGAACCUCGUGUACGGCAUCCUCCAUGCACACAGGGCGUUCGAGGACCUCGGCACCUUCACGCUCGUCGGGGGCCUGCGGGAGAUCCGCCGCAUUCAGCUCGCGAAAGAGGAGCGGGCGCGAGCAGCGGAGGGCACGCUCAACAAAGGCAAGAAUAGGGCAACCGACAUCGAGGCGGAGCCACACCUCGAGAAGGCGCGGCUCCUACAGAGCGAGAAUAAUAGCAGCGUGGAGCUCCCACAGGAACAUGAGUCCGUCGAGAACCUUCCCGAGUCGCGCUCGCGGUCUAUGUCGGAGGAGGAGCCGCCCACGACGAGGCCACUCAUGUCCCCGACGCUAUCGGAGGCCCCGCCGCUCGGCGUGCAGUCUCCUGAGAUCUCAGAGAAGGCGCGGGGAAAGAUGCGGGCCCUGCGCUCAAUGUCGAUGUCGAUGGAUAUGACUGGCAGUUUAGAGCGGCUUGUUACGACUGGGGUGGGGCGGAACGGGUUCAUUCCCACGCAGGAAUGGGUCACUUCUUGGCAGCAAGGGCUACCCUUAGAUCCCAUCCUCCUGAUGAUAUCCGAAUUGCUGCCCAAGGUUCAAGAGUUGCAGGCAUCGUUUAACCCGACAAAUGUAAAUGCGGCCAUCAUAGACCUUAUUCGCAGCACAAGUUUGCAAGAUGCCCUACCGAAACCAUCCCCGCUGACACCUCGACGAUUCAUGUGGUCCGACGCGUCCAUCAUCUGGCUCUCAUCUCUGAUUUGGGGCGAGAUCUACGUGCGUGGGAUGACACCUCUGGGAAUCUGGAAUUCUACCAGCGUACGCCUCUUCUACGUGAAGCACACGCAGCCACAGCACCGUCAGAUCUCCGAGACGGUGACGAAUGUCGUUGGAGGGCUGCUUGGACGGUCGGAGUCUUCGCAGUCGUUGCGGCAGCGACAACAGUGA